UGUGAAGAACAGGUUGUUCAAGCUGCAUUAGUUUCAAGGUGUAUCACACACCUACAUGCAAGACUUAACAGUGUACUGCAAAUCCCAACUGAACCAACACUUGGAAGGUCAGUGAUCCCUGUAAGACAGAGGGGCAAAUGGCAGCAGCAGCGGCAGCGGCAGCAGCGGCAACAGCUCAUUUAGGCACUCCUGCAAGUUCAAUACCUUCUGGAUUAGAUGUAUUCAAAACCUUACCAGAUUUCUUUAUUUUACCUGAACUGGUCUUUGGAGGCUGGGUAUGGAUUCUCGUAGCUGCAACCAAAGUUUCAAAUCAGAUGAACCAAGGAUGGGUUAUGUUUGUGUCAGUCACACUUUUUUUGUUUUCUCUGAUUCUGUUGUUCGUAUACUUGUUUGGAAUUCAUAAGACUUCUUCUGCAAUCUGGACUGCAGUGGAUGCAAUUUAUCAUGGGAUUAGUGCUGUCUUAUACUUCAGUGCUGCUGUUUUGCAAGCAAAUGCAACAGUGGCCAUUCAGUCAUCUAAUGAUGUUAAUUACAAACUUGAUGUCGCUGCUACGGUGUUUUCGUUUGUGGUGACACUUCUCUAUGUUGUACAUGGUUUCUUUUCCUUUCGAAGAUGGAGAUCUUAAUGAAAAUGUAAUCCAUAUUACAUUAAUAAUAAAAUGAAAAGAAAAAUCGUCAGCUGAGUUCCAGAUACUUUGGUGAAGUUAAAAUAGUUAACACUUGCAUAUAUACAGCAUUUGUUCUUAUUCUGGAUGUCUUUCUUUUAUAAGGUGCAAGGUUACUUUUUUAUUGAAAUGUAAAAAUAAAUAUAUUUUAAAACUUUAAUGUAAAAACUGCACAUUGAAGAAUAAUAUAAAUCAGUACUGUACUUAAUAUAAUUUCUAUUAUUUGUAAUAAAAAUGCAAACAGUAUUUUCCUAAUGUAAUAGAUAAGGAGUGACAAAUUAGAAACAAUACCA